CUAGCGGUAUUUAAACCUUUGUUUUCUCGAAACGCUGACGCCUGACAUAUACACGCACACAUUCAUGUUUUUGAUUGUAUUGCUUCAUAAAUAUUUUUCGCUUACGAUAGCCAUGCAGGAGGCAACUUGUGCUGCAUUUUCAAUAAAAUAAGUAGUUUUAACAAUCCACAAAUUAUGGAGCAGUGUAAAUCUAAUUCACCGAAACUAUUCGUGAGCACCGCUAUAGAAAACAAGGACGAAGUAGAAGAGAGAUAUGAAAGAGCUUACAACUAUUUUCAAUCACUGGUGGCCGACUGCAGUGAAAAAGAAGCGCACGAUGCUCUCAACAACGCAGUAUGUAAGAAUCACGAGGAAGUGUCGCUUGGCAUGCUCAUGUCGAUCCUAACAGAGCCCCACAACGCCACUAAAUGUUACAGAGAUCUCACUCUUGUCACCAGAGAUGGCUUAACAUGCGUGCUUAACAAUUUAUCCAAUUUAAUACUAGAAAGGUACUUAAAGUUCCAAGAUACAACACGCAAUCAACUUUUGUGGCUUAUUAAGGAAAUGAUAAGAAAUGCAGUCACUGGAGUGGACAGUGUGUGCUGGAACUUGAUGCGUUAUGCUUCAGGAGGAGACAUAACGCCCAAAAAUAUAAUAUUGGUGGAAUCUCUUUUGGAUAUUUAUAUAGAAAAUCGGUCAUGGUUGGACAAAUUUCCUGUACUUAUAUGUAUGGUGGUAUAUACAUACUUAAGGUUAAUAGAAGAUCAUAAUAUUGCACAAUUGAUGAGUUUAAGGCAAAAGGAAGUUAAUUUUGUUAUCACUCUUAUAAGGGAGCGCUUUUCAGAUGUGUUAACUUUAGGUAGAGAUUUAGUUCGUUUACUGCAAAAUGUUGCCCGCAUUCCUGAAUUCAAUCAAUUGUGGCAAGAUAUAUUAAUGAAUCCCAAAAUGCUUUGCCCUACUUUUACUAAUGUACUACAACUGUUGCAAACAAGGACAUCCCGGAGAUAUCUUCAGUCCAGGCUAACACCAGAUAUGGAAAGGAAACUUGUUUUUCUUACAUCACAAGUUAGGUUUGGUCACCACAAAAAAUAUCAAGAGUGGUUUCAAAGACAGUACCUUGCAACCCCGGAGUCACAAUCUCUCAGAAGUGAUAUGAUCCGUUUCAUAGUUGGUGUCAUACAUCCAACCAAUGAACUGUUAUGCUCUGAUAUAAUACCAAGAUGGGCAGUCAUUGGAUGGCUUCUUACCACAUGUACUUCAAAUGUAGCAGCAUCCAAUGCUAAGCUAGCACUAUUUUAUGAUUGGUUGUUCUACGACCCUGAAAAAGACAACAUAAUGAAUAUUGAACCGGCAAUACUUGUUAUGCAUCAUUCAAUGAGAUCCCAUCCUGCUGUCACUGCAACAUUGUUAGAUUUUCUAUGCAGGAUAAUUCCAAAUUUUUACCCUCCAUAUGCUGAUAAAGUCAGGCAAGGCAUAUUCAACUCACUACAACAAAUUAUUGAGAAAAGAGUAUUACCUAACUUGCAUCCAUUGUUUGACUCACCGAAAUUGGAUCGUGAAUUACGUGCCACUGUGAGAGAUACUUUCAAAGAAUUUUGCACAAACGGCAAUGGUGAGGGGGUUUCCGGCUUAAGAGAAGAAGGUAACGACGAACUUAUGCCCAAAGGCGGACCUGACGAACCAGCAUUUUCUGACGACGAAGACGAUAAUAUUCCACCAACCAUAGCUGAGGACACUGAUGACGACGAUUUACCGUUAUCCGAAGUUAGGGCACGAGAACGUCCUGAAUUAGCUGCCGCGCUUCCGUUAGUUCUGCGACCGCUGGCAGAAACCUUGUUAGACGACCGUACGUCCGCCUCCGCCACUGCUCUGCUCGAUGCGUGUGGUUCCCCAACACCGACUGCCACCGCGCUCGCUGAUCUCUUUACAGCAACGGUGCAAGAAGUACCGCCACUACGUAUAAGUUGUAAUCCGACACCUGCCGAACUCGAAUCUGCAUUAAAUUCACCAAUAUUCGGUAUGUUCACCUACCUGACGCCGAACAGCGACGAAGCAAAGAGGAAACUCGUAUUAGAAACCUUUAAGGAAAUACACUCUCAAAAUACCCUACACUGUGUUGGUUACUGUUUGCUGUUUUAUCUAAAAGUAUGUUACGAGCGAGACCGGCGCGCUGAACGCAAUGCCGCCAAAAGAAGAAAUGUGAAAUUCAAAGCAGACAUAUAUAAAGAAUAUUGUAGUUAUUUAGAAUUAAAAAUAGGAGAAAGUUUAGCGGAUGAUUUUGAAAGAUGUCAGGAUUGCGACUCAAACGUUUUAGUGUGGUUGAUACCCGACGUGUACAGGGAGUUUAAAGAUCAAGCUCAAAACCAUAUAAGGUUACUACACGCUAUUGUAUCCACGUUAGAUGCACGACAACUGCAGAGAUUAGUGUGUUUAACCUUGCAGGGCAACUUGAUGAUGUUUAAAUCCGAUGAUAUCACGACAAUGUUAUCAACAAGCCUGAAUUGGGAGACGUUCGAGCAGUACUGCCUUUGGCAACUCUUAACUGCGCAUGAUAUAUCAGUCGAAGAUGUUUUACCUAUCAUUCCUAAAUUAUCGUAUAAAGAUCACGCCGAAGCGCUCACGUCGGUGCUCCUAAUGCUGAAACAAGAGCGGCCGACUGCCGAGGUUCUGCGACAGUUAUUCUGCAGAACACUCGAUGAGGACGAUACAUCUGUUGUUUCAACCCUUAUGUAUUGGUGCCAAGACUUCGAAGACAAAGUUGGUGAUUUGGUGGCAACUCUGUUGAGUACAAGAUAUCCAGGCACUAGCCCCAACAAGAGAAAACGCCCGGGGAAACACAGUAUCCCACCAAAUGCUCCACCAUCCGCGGAAUUGGUGCUGGGGCAUUUGGAGCAAAUGAGGGUAUGCUGUGUAGAGCAAGAUGAUAUGUCAAUUUUUAACAUGGAGUGUAUGCAGAAGGCUUUACAACAAGCACAGUCGAAUAGUAGCGAUAAUUUAAGGAGACAAUAUAGUGAAUUAUUUUCGUUGGCAUGGGAAGAUGAAUUGCCCAUAUCCAGAAGAGCUAGAAAGUUAGUUUCUAAUUCCUUACCAAUCAAUCAAAACUUACAUUCUUCCAAUGAAGACAGUGAGGAAGAGGAAAUAGUAGUAAAACCCAAACAAGCCAAGCGACGAAAGAAGGCUAUUUCGGACAGUGAUUGACAUAUCUCGAGUAAAAAGAACUGUAAUUUUAAACACCAAAGUGCAACUCUACAAUACAAUAAAUCUUAGUACAUGUAACAAUACAUUGUUGGUUACCUUACGUUGUUACGCGGGUGACAUUCUAAGAAUCGCACCCUGAUCCAUUACGUCAUUUUGUGUUGUGUAAACGUUACAUUUUAUGUUUUAAAAUUCGGCUUCCAUGGUUUUUAGUAUGUACUUUAGUUUCGGUUAAUAACGACUUUCAUUGAGAUAUUUAUAUAAGAGAAUAUUCAUUAUUUGCCUAAAAUCCUAAUAAAUAAGUUGUUAUAGUAAGAAAUAAUUUAAUAUUUACAUAAGUUGUAACUGCAUAUUUUGAAAAUCAUACAUACUUUGGUAUCACUGAACAUGUUUCUUUGCUCAAUGAAUGUUUUCACGAGUAAAUCAAAAACCAUGAAGUUAGCAUGUCAUGAUGUGCUAAAGAACAAUAUGUAAACUUAAAUUCUGAAGCUCCUUCGUUAUUUAAAUACAUAUAGCUGUAAAAUCAGAAAAAGUGUUCUAGAGUUAUCAAACAUGCAAUGUAAAUUUGGCGCAGUUAAUAGUCAUUUAUUGUAAAGUAGGUACCUUAUUGUUGUACAGUUUUUUUUAACCCCAAUACAGUGUUUGACUUAUUUUAAGUGUAAGGUAUGAGACCAAGAUUUUAUUCAAAAGAUAUAUUAUUGUAUUGAUGCAAUUUUCGAAAAACAUUUUACACUAGGAUCAAUAAAGUAUUUCCCCCUUUC